GCCCACCACUACCACCCAUUUAAAAAAUCACUCGCCCUUUCGCCAUAUUUACAUUUGUGAACAAUUUUUUUAUAAGUGCUUAAAAUAGUUAUAUUUGUGUUAUUUUAUAGCCAAAUACAAUGGAGGACCAAGGCGGAAGUUCAGCACCUAGGGUGAGCGACAAACGUUUAGCACAAACUCAAGCCAAAGUUGAUGAAGUUGUGGGCAUUAUGCGCGUCAAUGUCGAGAAAGUUUUGGAAAGAGAUCAAAAAUUAUCCGAGCUAGACAACCGCGCAGAUGCUUUACAGCAUGGGGCUGCACAGUUCGAGCAGCAAGCUGGUAAGCUGAAGCGUAAAUACUGGUGGCAAAAUUUAAAGAUGAUGUUGAUUAUUGGAGCGAUCGGGGUCAUUUUGCUUAUCAUAAUUAUUGUGUGGGCUACGUCCGGCUCGAGUGGUGCUGCCACCCCGCCCGUCACCCAAGCGCCGGCGUCUGAUGCAGGAACAGGACGAUAGUUAGCAAAAGGCCAUGGAAGUUUUAUAAAAGAAGGCAAGAAGGGGCAUCCCUUCGCCAAUUAGACCAAACACGACUGAAGUUUAUGGAAUGUAUAUUUUUUACUCCAGACUAUACAAAAGACGCGCACAAGUAUAGUUUAUUUUUUAACUCUGAUGACUAAUGUGGGCGAUGUAAAUGUUUUAUUUGUUGAUUUAGUUAUUAAAGUAUACUACAAUCAAAGAAACAACAUACUUCAUGCAAACUUCAUACAUGAAACAUCACUUAGUCUUGAGAUUUAAAAAAAGAACUAUAAUAUUUUAUAUAUAUGCCAAACCUUACUAUUACAAACUACAUUUUGAUAUUUAUCUACAUGUUCUAUAAAAUCAGUAAGUAUUUUAAUAACAAACUCAUAAACUGUAGUCUAUACAAAAUUUUACAAGUUCGCUAAUCAUAAGAGAUACUUAUUUUUGAAAUGUAUGCAGUAAAAUUGUUACUACUGUUACUUAAAUAUAUAGAGAUUUUGUAACAUUAAAACUGGACUGAAAACGGCCAACUAUUGUACAGAAUGAUCUUGUGAUAAGUAGUAUUAAAAUAAAAAUUUACGACAUUGCAGAGCUUGUUAGCAAGGUGAAAUGACCUUAAAAAUGAUAUUUAUACAAAUCAAAAGUUAUUAUAAUGACUUGUUUGUUGCUUAUAAAGUAUAAUGUGGGAAAGAUUGUGACUCACUGUAAUUAUUUUGCAAAAACAAAAGGUUCCCCAUUUGUGACAUAUCUUUCGAGGAUUCAUGUAUAUUGUAAUGCUAAUUUGCAAUUAUGUCAUGUUUUCCAUUCCAGAGCUUUGAUAUGCAUGGGUAUCUUAACUAAGUAAUUUAACAAGGCUAUAUUGUGUAUGCUUUUAUGUAACUAAUUGUAGGAAGUAUAUUCAAACUUUGGCAUUCUGUUUGGAUUUUUAAUUCCAGUAAAAUGUAUUCAUUGAAGUUAUUAAAUAGGCUUUAAGGCACAAAAUAUAAUUUAAUUUUAAACUUAUAAGAUGUAAAUGCAGGAUAGGAUGGUUCACUUAGGAAAAUGUAAAUUUCAAGAUAAGAUCUAUUUUCUAUAUUUGUCACAAUGCUGACACAAAUGUACACCCUCUUGUUCUCUUGAUUAUGACUUUUUAAUGCAGAUGUUUCGAAGUUCGACAACAAUAUUGAGUUAAAUUGUAUUAAUGUUAUUGAUUCUUACACCUGUAUUCAUAAACUGUAUCAUGAGGAUGCACAAUGUACCACAUUGUGUCGGGAAAUAUCAUAGUUUUCUUUGGCUGUGUUUAUCUGACAGGCAAUGGAAAUAUUGUUGUAUCUCCACUUUAACCAAUCACAGUGCCCCUUUGCCCAUGCACUGCCUAGGCUAUCAUGCCGAAAGCCCUGGGAGACAGAAUAAUUAUUAUAGCAUUGUGCUGUACUUAACUAAUGUUUAUGAAUAUGGGUCUUGAUAAUCAUAGUACUCAGUCCUUAUUUGCUAUUAUUACUGGACCUUGGCUAAAUAACUGAUAAAAAUUUGAAGCCAUAAUAUAAAAAUAUGAACAUUUUAGAUUUUUGUCUCUUCUGUACUUAUAACAGAUGAAUUGAAAUUAUUAUAUUGUUAACAUUUUGUUUUUGUUUAACUGUGAGUGAAGUUAAUGAUGUUAAAUAAAAAUUAUACAUUAUACACUUUACACUCAGACGAUACUUACCAGCAACAAAAUGUAAAUGAAAGGCAUACUUAAAUGAACUAUCUGAUCCUGGCUAUAAGUGGUUCACUUUCAUAAUAUAUAAUAUUUAUUAUUGUUAUCACCUAUGUUUUAUUUUGGUUGGGGUAUUAUAAAUAGAUAGAUUUUAGUUUCCGCCAUAGUUGUGUUGUGUCUGAAUGCAUUUUGAUUUUUUAUUGCAGAGAGUGGGACCAACUUGUGCAAUUUUAUUGAUUGCCAGCAUGCAAUUCACAUUUAGGUUUUUAUCAAUACUUGUGCAUUGUAUGCUUCACAUAUUACACUUAAUACAUAUUCAAUUGGGAUACAACAGUGAACCUACUGAACCUAGUAUUGAUGUUGAUGCUAAAAAUCUAUAUUAUAUUAUCUUUGUAUUUUAGUUGUUUUGUAAUGUAUAGAAUGUAAUAAAUAUAUGUAUUCUUCAAUAAUUAUUGUAUGUUCAAAA